AGAUUCAGGCUUCGAUGUUUGUUGGUGGCAUGGAAUCACAUCUCGACGACUGUGAAUAAUUAUACCAUGAUUACCCUUACGUGGCUUCGACCAUAAAGACAAUUCUCGACAAUCAAUUAUCCAUUAGGCAGAAGAGAAACGAAUGUACAAAGGAACAGAGAGGCGUGCUGCUGCCCACGAGACCAGAACUCGCUUUCCGGUCCAAGCUGUCAGAUAAGAGACAUCGCUAAGCUUCCUCUUUGACGACUUCCCUGACUCGGUGCUGACCUCCUCUUCUUCUUCCAUUGUCCCUAAUUCUCUCCAACAUCAAGACGACCAUUCGAGUCGUCUUUCUCUUGAUUCUCUACACUCUUGCAGAUUUCGCAAGCAAAUUCCGAAUCUGCCAUCAUGUUCUUCGCAACGUUCGCCAACCUCUUAUCUUCUGUCCCUACCUUUCUCUUCCCCGUCUUCGCCUCCUACAAAGCUCUCAAGACGAAUGAUCCCGCGCUUCUCCAACCAUGGCUCAUGUACUGGGUCGUGCUCGCAAUCGCAUUAUUCGUUGAAUCAUGGACCGGAUUCAUCCUAACCUGGAUCCCUUUCUACGCCUGGAUCCGCCUCGGUUUCCUCCUCUACCUAAUCCUCCCCCAAACCCAGGGCGCCAAAGUCCUCUACCAAGAACACGUCCAUCCCUUCCUCCUAACCAACGAACUCGCCAUCGACGACUUCAUCUCCUCGGCCCAUGACCGCGCUAAAUCCGCCGGAAUAACCUACCUCAAACAAGCCAUCGAGCUCCUAAAGACCCACAUCCUGGGCCUCCCUCCCAAAGAGCCCACUCCCCCGCCAACACCGACCCCAUACUCCUACACACAAUCCCUCAUCGCACGCUUCAACAUCCCAUCUGCUCGUCCUACCUUCCCAACAGGAAGCGGCAGCACGGCAAAUGAUUUCUACUCCCUUCUCGCCUCUGCAGUUUCCGCCGCAACAACAAACACCAAUAUUCGCGCAGCAGCACCACAAGACCUAUCCAAUUCCGGGACUCUAAUCCCGCCCUCCGUCCGCGGCGAAGAACGCCUCUCCUUCAUCUCAGCCCAACGAGAACGUCUCUCGAUCCUCCUGUCAGCCCUCGACAAAGAAGCCUCUACCCUCUCCACUCCCUCCUCUCGAUCCGUACAGAACAUGUUCCUAGACGGCUCAUCAGGGUCCGAGGAACAUCUCGAAGAAGAGAGACCAUCCGGCCUCAGCUCCCGUAAAUCGGAGCCUGAUUUCGAGAAGAUAGACGCUGAGUCCGGAGCUGAGGAGGUAGGAGGGCAAGAGAGAAGGGCGGCGAAGCGGAGCGUAAGUUCGGGUGGUGGGAGCUGGAUGCCUUGGAGCUGGGGGGCUAAGGGAGAGGAUACCGUUAUGAGUGGUACUGAGAAGGUGGUUGAAGAAGAAGGAGCAGAUGUUGGGAGGAGUUCGGGAGUUGAUGUUUGAGUUUACGGAGCUGGCGAGCAAGAGAGUGUGAAUUAGAAACACGUACAUACAUAACCUCCACUACACACACGGAGUCAGGAUCAGGAUCGGAACGGUGUAGACGGGUGUCUCGCGGCUUUCCGAGCUUACAUAUAUUUUUGGUUGGGUUGGGAUAGGAUACAGUCUUUAGAUGAUACCACGGUCAUUAGGAAAUCGAUGAUAGUCUGCUAUGAUCUUGUGACUAUGUUCAUAACUUUAUUCUCACCAUGAGAUUUAGAAUUUAUGUGUCGAGGAAGCUGUUGGGAAUGCCUUAAGUUUCUUAAAGAGGAAUUAAACAGUAAACACAGUCCAAUGUCUAUAGACACAACCGACAAUAUGGAAUUUGACUACCUCAUUUCUCACUCCUUUACCUGUACUCAGCAUACCUAUCAAUCACGAGGCGAGGAGCGAGAUCAAUGAAAC